CUGAAUGAACACCAAAAUAUGGUCAUGAUUCUUGUGAUGCUUCUUUUAAAAUUAGGACACCAAGCCGCUGUUACAAGUCUGAGCACCGGGACCCAGCAUGAGAUUAAAAAUGCAAAACUCGAAGAGCCGCUUACUUUAAAUUGCACUUACAAUUGUUCCAGUGGCUUCACACGUGGUUACUGGGAAGCUACACCUUUAUGUAGCAAGUGUGAAUGGAUAAAAGAAUUUUCAAAAUCAGGAGAGAUGUGCAUUGCAAGCUUGUACACACCUCAUCUAAUGUUGCAGCAAACCCGUUAUAACUAUUCCUGUGUGUCUGAAGAGAGCGAUCGGCCAGGCCUUCCUCGUAAAACAGAGCUUCUGGUAACAUUGACAGUUCAGGAUAAAUCCCAUAAACCAGUGACUCCUCUUAAAGAACAUGGUCAAUCUCUGCGAGUUAAUAUGUUCAAAGGUCACAUGGAGUCAGAAGAGGUGUUAACCUCAUUAUCCACCAUAGAAGUGAUGGCAGGAACCUCACUUCGACUUCUUUGUGUCGCCCCUGACAACCAGCACUGUGAAGGACAGUGGGUCAAGGAAAACGGUUCAAUCCCCUGGUCCGAAAAUGACACUGUGGUCCAGUGGAGUCAAAUCAAAAUGGAGGAUGGUGGACGUUACAGGUGCCAGACAAAAGGGACUUGCACCGGCAAGCCUAUUACUGUGGAAAUCGAGGUCAUCGAAUCUGAUAGAUUCACCUGGGCCAAGAUCUUUGCUGCUUUUGCGGUGUCUGCAAUGUUUGUUCUGAUGGCCCAUCUGAUAUACCUGUGCUACAGAAGAGGGUGUAAGCCAGUGGAUACAAGCUUAACCCAUGACAGGGUUACAUCCAGAAACGCCGUUGUCAUGAGGCCAGUCACUCAAGACACACAGAGUGAUCAUGAAGUACCUUAUGCUGACAUUGUGAUCUCUGUGAGAGGAUCCAGCCAUCCUGAUCUGUCCGACACCAAUGACCAUUCUUCAAAACUGCAAAGACCUAAAUGGAAAGACGAGGCCAGAGCAGGUCAACCUUACGCUUCAUCUGACAGACUGCACAUCCACUCAAGAGAGGUCACCAGGAAAUUAAGCACGACGUCAGAAUAUGCUGUAAUAACCUACUCAUGCGAGGCUCUCAGUUAG